AUGCUUUCUCUUCUUGCAGGAAAUGGUAAACGGUCUGGUCCACUACAGAAAACACUGGAUUCUACCAACGUGAGAUACCUUAGUUCCAGACAAUGUAGUUUACGCGACAUACUGCUGCCCGAAAGCUUUGCCUCAAGAGAACAUACCAACAACGAGCUACUCUUAGACGCUGGAGAUGUAGAUACCGACGUCGAUAGUAUAUAUCCGGAUAUUGAGGGCUAUACCCGAGCGAAGGACUUAGAAAAAGCUCGAAUGAUGCUGAGCGAACUGAUGUUCCAGAGACACGCCUGGAACUCCCUAAGUAGCGAUUUUGUUGACUUCAAGCGGUAGUCGGGCUUCGCCAUCUCAGCGGCAAAGACGUAUAUUUGCUGCCCCUUUUUAAUGAUGCCAAUAUCAG